AUGGGUAAGGUUCACGGCUCUCUCGCCCGUGCGGGUAAGGUCAAGUCUGCGACUCCUAAGGUCGAGAAGCAAGAGAAGAAGAAGGAGCCCAAGGGCCGUGCUCUGAAGCGCCUCAAGUACACCCGUCGUUUCGUCAAUGUCACCAUGACCGGUGGCAAGCGGAAGAUGAACCCCAACCCCGGUAACUAA